AAAAGAACCAGUAACCCCGUCUUGAAGGACAGUAGCAGUUGGAACGAUUACGAUAGGAAAUGAAACAAAAGAAAAAAGUUGCGGAGGUGAUUGGGAGGAGUAUGAAGUGAAGGAGGACCGAGUCUUCUUGAUCAUGAAAGAUAUUCUUCUUCUCCCUUCCGAUAUGAAGUGUUGAUGGAUAUUCGCCAAGCAGUCAAAACAGUGUAGAAUCAGCAGAAGACUCUGGGAAUCCACGCCUGGAAUAUCAACCGAUCUCAAGACCUCAGUGAUCGCAUCUCUUCGCCAUGGACGUGAAACGAGUUCUCUUCAUGAGCAAAGGAGACGGAGAACAUAGCUACGCUCAGACCUCUAUCUUCACGCAAAAGAUUGCGUCCGUAACGAAGCCCACGAUAGCGAGCACGGUAGGUUCUCUACUCGAGGAAGAUUUCUUCCCGUGCAAGCUUCUUAACGUGGCCGAUUUAGGCUGUGCUUCGGGUCCUUGCACGGUAACCUUCAUGUCGACCGUUAUAGAGAGCGUACAGAAGAAGUGUACACACUUGAACUGCCCGUCACCUGAAUUCCAAUUUUAUCUUAACGAUCUUCCUGGGAAUGAUUUCAACACGUUGUUCAAGAACUUGUCGAACUUCUCAGAAAGCUACGAAAGCUUAUCGUGCUUUAUAAUGGGAGCUCCAGGUUCUUUCCAUGGAAGGCUCUUCCCUAGCAACUGUUUACACCUUGCUCACUCUUCCUAUGGCGUCCAUUGGCUAUCUCAGGUACCGAAUCUCACGAGCAAAGAAGGCGUCCCCUUGAACAGGGGGAGAAUCUACAUUUCGGAGACCAGCCCCGUCGUGGUGAAGGAGGCCUACUUAGCUCAGUUCCGAGCAGAUUUUUCGAUAUUUUUGAAGUUCCGUGGUGAAGAGAUGAUCGAUAACGGUCGCCUCAUAUUGAUACUUAAUGGGAGGGAAGAUAAGGACUUUGUGAGCCGAGACGGCUACUUCGUCUUGGAAAAACUGGCAGACGCAAUUGCUGCUUUGGUUUCGGAGGGAUUCAUUGAGGAAGAGAAACUAGACACCUUAAACAUGCCAUAUCAUACGGCAUCUUUAGAGGAAGUUCGAGACAUAGUCAAUGAAGAAGGGUCCUUCAAGAUCGAACAUCUGGAAAUAAUAAAGAUUGAUAGAAUGUCACUGGACGAGGAUCCUCAAAGCAGCGGAAGAAAGAUAGCAACACUUGCCAGAUCGUGGACCGGUUCCAUAAUCUCACACCAUCUUGGUGAGGGGAUCAUGGACAAGCUCUAUGGCGAAAAGCUUCCUGUCAUCAUUGGAGAUGAUUUGGCUAAGGAAAGGAGGAAGGGAAUAAGCAUAAUUGUUGUGCUAAAAAAGCAUGUCCCAUGACUCUUUAAGUGUUCGUCUCCAUUACCAUGGACAAUGUCAAUUUCUGUGAAAGUGUGAUAAGAUACGAAAGAAUUCCUUGUUUGUUAGGGUGUGGUGAUCUUUAAUUGUACUAGGCUAAGUUUAUUAGAGUGCUUAGAUCAAGAGAUCCAUUUUAUUUCUUAUUAGUUAGGUUGGGGAGGGGUCGAGGGUUUGAUCGGGGUUGACUACCGUCGAUGCAAGGUGUUCGGUCAUGUCAUCAUAGGCAUGACAAACCACAGCCAUGGGCUUGUUCAACCCAAAGUGUAAAUACAUGGAUUUGGACAAGUUAUUUGUUCUUCGGCCCAAUUUUACCUGUUAGGCUUGUCUGCA